AUGUCUUUGGCUUCCCUGCUUCACCUGAGAUCCCACUGCCGGAACCAAAACCUGGGUUUACACGACCAGCGUCUCGCUCUCACUUGGGUACAAGAAAACAUCGCCUCCUUUGACGGCGACCCGUCCAAGGUUACAAUCUGGGGCCAGUCCUACCUCGAAGCCUACGCCAACGACACGCUAGUCCCAUUUCGAGCUGCAAUCAUAUCCAGCGGCCAGAUGAGUUUCGGAGAUCUCGCCCAUCCACCGCCCGGAAUCGAUGCCUAG